AAUAAUUAUAUUGACACUAAGAAAGAGUGUCGACACACAACCCAUGUCAGCUAAGAAAAGAUAUUUUUUUACUAAUAUUAUGUAUUAUAUAUGCAGAGUGGAGAAAUUGAGUCAGCAUCUUCCAUGUGGUGGUGAGGAAUUAGAUAAGCUGAGGCUGAGGGAAAUUGCUGAAAGGUUUGAGGAAAGGAUUUAUACUGCUGCAACUAGCCAGUCGGACUACUCGACGAGAAUAUCCUCGAAGAUGCUUUCAAUAGAGACAAAUUCUCAGGAGACCUUACCCAAUCCUGGCAGUAGCAGCAACUCCUGAUCUAGGAACUUAUUUCCUCAACUUAAAAUUAUUGGUCAAGCUUAGUUUAAGUUGCUGUUGCAGAGUUUGCCUUCCUGAAUUGGAUGGAUGUGUACGGCCACUUACUAGACUCUUUUAUGCCCAUUUUCUUGAUGAGCUUAUUGCUGGACAUUUAUGGCAGUAGUUUAUGUAUUUUUUUUCUAUGAAAUUUGCUGAAUUUAAACUUGUGUGACAGUUGCAAUUUAUGUCCCUUUUUUUUCAUGAAUCUUUUGCUGGAUUUUCUGGACUUACAUGGUAAUUUAUGC